AUGUUGAUGCCUGAGGCAUCCGAUAUUGAAGAUGAUGGCAGACGCGCUCACUUCGCCGACCUCUAUCGCAAGAGCGAGGCGAAGAUUGCGCUGCUCUUUGGAGAGGACGGUAGUUACAAUGAUGCCGCGAUCUCCGAACUCGAGCGCCCUGUCCAUGCCCCCGCGGCUUCUACCUCGCUGCUCCCCACUACCGACCAUGCCCCUAUCGAGGAGCCACCGCGCAAGAAGGUCAAGAGAACCAUUGACGAAGAUGACUACGAUGAUGACGAUGAUGAGGAAGACGAAGACAACAACCCUCCCGCGAUGGGGUCUCCGACUAAGAGCAAGAGCGCCGCCGAUGCCUCCACUGCCGCGGCCGCCAGUCUCCUAUCCCCAUCCAAGUCCGAUAGUCCGGCGAUACCAUCAGCCACAUCACCCGCCAACAGGUCAAAGGACGGCAAUUCAUCACAGAAUCAACCCAAAACAAGCGAGGACGCGCGAAAACUUCUCGAAGAAGCGCGCAAUGCAACUGAAGAAGAAGUCCGCAAGAGUUUCCAUACCCUUUUCUACACUUUUGAAAAUGAUAGGACCGCCAUGAUUGAGCAACAGCAGCUGGAAGAAUCCGAAAAGCAGCUUCAAGCGGAAAUGGAUAACAACACGUCUAGUAUUGUCGCGGGUGCCAAUGCCAAUGCGCAAAACGGCCACGGGUCGCUUAGUAGCGCCAACCUGGGCGCGUCCAGCCUCACACUCAAACACCUCAUCGCCCGUAUCGAUAUGAAGCGCGAUCAAGUUCGUGCUUCUGACGCCGAGCUACGCCUCCUCAUGAACGAAGUUAGAAAGAACCGAAGCAAAUGGGCGAGUGAGGAGAAUGUGAACCAAGAGGAGCUUUACGAAGCGCUAGAGAAGGUCAAUAAGCGGGAUGCCCCCGACUACUAUAACUUCAUCAAACAACCCAUGGAUAUGGGUUCGAUGACAAAGAAGCUCAAAUCCUUGACCUACAAAUCCAAGACCGAUUUCGUGACCGAUCUCAAUCUCAUCUGGGAUAACUGCCUCAAGUAUAACCAAGAUAUGAACCAUCCGCUGAGACGUAUGGCCAAUGGCAUGAGGAAGGAAGCCGAAAAAUUAAUCCCUCUGAUACCGGACCUUGUCAUUCGCCCUAGAGCCGAAGUCGAGGCAGAGGAAAGGCGAAAACAAAACGGAGGAGAAGAUGAUGGCGGGGAAGAUUCCGACGACGAACCCAUCAUGUCUUCUCGCGGCCGCGGGGCGGCCUCGAAGGGCUUGAACAAGACUCGCAAAUCCCAAGCUAACAAGAAGGAAGGCACCCCCAUCAUUGACCAAAAGCCCCUUUUAAACGGUCUGCUAGGAAAGCAGGGUAGAGAAGGCUCCGAGGUUGACGGUAGCAAUGGAUUUGGAACUCCUCUGGGUGGUUCUGCGACUCCGAGCGGCAUCAAUGGCAUUGGGGGCGUUGGCAGCGGUGCUGAUGCGAUGGACCUUGAUGGGCCUUCACUCAAUGAGAUGGCGCUAGGGGAGGCUCUUGGUGAAGUCGCAGCCCAGGUGUACGAGGACGAAGAGUACAAGAUCUGGAAGCAAGUCACAAAGAAGGACCGAGCGCUCGUGGCCAAGGAGCGGUCUGCUUUGUUCAAGGACAACACGUUGAACGUUGAUGCUCCCGCUCUCCUGCGAUCACGCGCGGCGAUGCGGCGAUUCGUCAAAGGCCAGAAGCAAGCCGAGAGACAGGCCGUGGCAAAAGACCGGCAGGCUGACCCGUCCGCUCAAGAAGAAAGCGAACCCCAGGCCAACGAGACCCUUGCUGAGGAAAUGGAGGGUGAGGAGGUCAAAGUGAUACCCGAUUAUUACGAGCCAGUGAGCCUCGUUCCUGGUGUAGUGCCCUCACUCCGUUGGACUGAGGAUGGCGAGGGCCAGGUCAUCAACCAUCAUGACUGGUCGCUCUCCGUCGUACCCCCGGAUCACUUCAGAUCCCCUCAGAGCACCUUUACGAAAAAGAUGGAGUCGAAUAUCCGCCAGAUACAGGAGACGCGAAGGUUGUCAACCAAGAUCGCGGUGAUCAGGCAGAUGCAGAUCCAGUCCCAGGUCUACGCGAACCAGUUUCCAAGAUCCAACUACGAUCCGUUCAUCGAAGCGGAUGUCAAUCAGCAUUUCAUCUCGGAUCAGGGACCUGUUAUGGCGCGGGAGACGUGCCAAGACGCCCUCAAGCGCUCCGUCGGCAAGAUUCUAUACCAUGCUGGCUUUGAGGAAUUACAACCGGCUGCCGUUGACACGCUCACCAACGCAGCGGCAGAUUAUUUCCAAAAGCUGAUCCGCACCUUCAACCUCUAUCGCGAGGCUGAGAAGAAGUCCUCGGCCGUCAACGCCAGUGGCAAGUUUCAGCCGCGUUUUACGCCGGAAGAAAUUCUUCUUCAUACCCUGGAUGAGAACGGUUGUGACGUUGGCGCCCUCGAGACGUACGCGCGAGAUGAUGUCACGCGACUUGGCACGAAGCUGACGGGCAUACACGACCGCAUGAAGGGUCACUUGGCCGAUCUUCUUCGCCCGGCUCUUCAGUCAGACGCAGGUGCUGACGGAGCCGGGGCCUUCAAGGAUGGCAGCGAGCAGUUCGUGAGCGGUGAUUUCGCGGAGGAGCUAGGCGAAGAUUUCUUUGGCUUCCGCAACCUCGGACUGGAGAGGGAGCUGGGUUUGGAUACCUUGUCUGUUCCCUUGCAUCUCCUGCAGUCUCGCGUCCGCAGCCAGUUCCAGCAGGCUCAAUCGUCUGGUGCCGCUAACGUCGAUCUUUUGGCCACGCUCCCGCCUUACGAGCCGGUCACGAAGGAGAGCAUUCACGAGCACAUUGGUCUCGUUAAGAACUUCUUCUUGGCUAAGCUGCACGCCAAUAGCGACCAGCCUUUGAUCGAGGACGAGGAUCUACCGCCGAAGCAGAGGCGGCCCCGUCCACGCCUCGGUGCCACGGGUAAGAUCUCGUCGCCGCAGAAGCGACCUCUUAAGGAGCAAAUCGCUCUCGCGCGGAAGAAGAAGAAGCUGGAGGCGCAGAUGGCUGAGGGGAAGCUGAAUGCUUCGCCUGAGAAGGGAGGUGCGUCAGCGAACACUACACCGGCCAAGAAAUUGAAGAACAUACCCAACCUCAACGGGUCGGGGCCCAAUCUAGGCGCGUUGGCCCGCGCCGCGCCGUCAAUGGAGAGAGUUGAGAGCAUGCAGAGUCAGGGGAACGCAAGCCAGACGGACAAGGAGGAGCCGAACGGCAUGAUGAGCCCCGAGAGCAUCGAUCGGUGA